AUAUAAGCUGUAUAUUAUGAUUGUAAACACUUUGCUGUCUUUGCAGUGGACGAUUAUAGACACUAUUAGUGUCUAUAAUCUUCUCCGUGACUUACGUAUUAAUUUUUUUGACUUACUAUCUGGACAUAUUUGAGCUUUGUUUGAUUUUGUAAUUUUUAUUAUUUGUAUAUCAAUUAUCAAUUACAAUGGAAAUAUUUGGUAUUCUUAUGCUACUGGUCGGACUCGUAUAUGGUACGGAUAAUAUUUUGAAUUUAAGUCAAGGAAAGAUAAAAGGUAGUAUUUUAAAUUCAAGAAAUGGACGGGAAUUUAAAGCAUUCCAAGGAAUUCCCUAUGCCAAAUCACCGACUGGAGACCUUAGAUUACAAGAUCCAGUAGAAGCUGAUUCAUGGAGUGGUAUUUUAGAUGCAACCAAGGAAAAACCAAUGUGCAUUCAAAAGAAUUUGUUCAUGUAUGAAUCAUAUGAUAAGCUUUUAGGUGAAGAGGACUGUCUAUAUAUAAAUGUAUACACCCCUAAGAUCAAUCCAGAGCACUUGCUACCCGUUAUGGUUUGGAUCCCAGGUGGAGGUUUUAGCUCAGGACAUGGAGGUCUGAGUCUAUAUGGUCCUCAGUAUUUGCUAGACAAGGAUGUCGUUGUUGCUUCAUUCAACUAUAGAGUUGGACCUCUAGGGUUUUUGAGCACCGAAGAUGAAAUUUUACCUGGCAAUUAUGGUAUGAAAGACCAAGUUUUAGCAUUGAAAUGGGUAAAAAAUAAUAUUGAAAAGUUUGGAGGAGAUCCGAAUAAAGUAACCAUAUUUGGUGAAAGUGCUGGCGGAGUUAGUGUUGGUUUACAUUUAUUAUCACCACUAAGCAAAGGAUUAUUUCAUAAAGCAAUACUGGAAAGUGGGACUCCAUUGUGCCGAUGGGGUGUAUCUCCACCAGGAUUGGCUAAACGUAGAGCCUCAUCAUUUUCUACUAUUUCUGGAUGUCCUGAAGACCCAAAACAGUUGGCUAAAUGUUUGAGGAAUAUGCCCGCAGAAUUAUUAGUGAAUCUCCACUACAAUUUUUUUGAAUGGAAAGUGUUCCCGGCGAUCACGUUCAUGCCUGUUGUCGAAAACUGUGAAAAUAAAACAGGGUUUUUAUGUAAUUAUCCAUUGAUUAACUUUAAACAAGAAUCCAAUGUUCCGAUCUUAAUGGGUAUGAAUUCUGGAGAAGGUGGUCUUUUUGCUGCUCGAGUCUAUAAUGCAGAAUGUGAAGUCGAUCUCGAAUUAAAAAAUAAUUUUGAUCAUUAUAUUUCAUCGUUACUUAUUUAUAAAUAUACGACGAAGAUGUCCGACCUUCCUUUAAUUAGUAAUCAGAUAUACAAUCGUUACUUUGCUAAAGGAAAUAUGGACGAUCCUUUAGACACUGUUAAGAUGGUCAGCGGUGGAAUUUUUCUACAAGGAAUAUUUGAUAUGGCAAUCAAACUGUCAUCACCGGUGUAUUAUUAUGUUUAUAAUCAUACAAAUAAAAUGUCCUUUAAUACAUACUUCGGACCAUGUCGCACCAAAUUAGGUGUAACGCAUGGUGACGAAAUGAUAAGUAUAUUCUAUACCCAGGGACAGGAUGAAUUGAAUGGGGAGGAUCUCAAUGUAUCUAAACUUAUGAUCGAAAUAUGGACUAACUUCGCUACCACUGACAAAGUCACGGUUGAUGGAACGGACAAUGGAAAUGAAUGGCCAUUGAUGGAUUCUAAAAGUAUGAAAUACCUACUGAUUAGUUCAAGUAAACCUGUCAUAUCCAAGAAACCAUUCAUGAAAGAGUACGAAUUUUGGAAUAAUUUACCAUUAUUAUCUGCAUUCAAAAAGUCUGGAGAGGUUUUGAAAACUGAACUUUUUGUAUAUCAAUUAUCAAUUACAAUGGAAAUAUUUGGUAUUCUUAUGCUACUGGUCGGACUCGUAUAUGGUACGGAUAAUAUUUUGAAUUUAAGUCAAGGAAAGAUAAAAGGCAGUAUUUUAAAUUCAAGAAAUGGACGGGAAUUUAUAGCAUUCCAUGGAAUUCCCUAUGCCAAAUCACCGACUGGAGACCUUAGAUUACAAGAUCCAGUAGAAGCUGAUUCAUGGAGUGGUAUUUUAGAUGCAACCGAGGAAAAACCAAUGUGCAUUCAAAAGAAUUUGUUCUUGUAUGAAACAUAUGAUAAGCUUUUAGGUGCUGAGGAUUGUUUAUACAUAAAUGUAUACACUCCUAAGGUCCAUAAUAAUGAUCAAAAGGAAUUGCUACCAGUUAUGGUUUGGAUCCCAGGUGGAGGUUUUAGUGCAGGACAUGGAGGUUUGAGUUUAUAUGGCCCUCACUAUUUGCUGGACAAGGAUGUCGUUGUUGCUUCAUUCAAUUAUAGAGUUGGACCUCUAGGGUUUUUGAGUACCGAAGAUGAAAUUUUACCUGGCAAUUAUGGUAUGAAAGACCAAGUUUUAGCAUUGAAAUGGGUAAAAAAUAAUAUUGAAAAGUUUGGAGGAGAUCCGAAUAAAGUAACCAUAUUUGGGGAAAGUGCUGGAGGAGUCAGUGUUGGUUUACAUUUAUUAUCACCACUAAGCAAAGGAUUAUUUCAUAAAGCAAUACUGGAAAGUGGGACUCCAUUGUGCCGAUGGGGUGUAUCUCCACCAGGAUUGGCUAAACGUAGAGCCUCAUCAUUUUCUACUAUUUCUGGAUGUCCUGAAGACCCAAAACAGUUGGCUAAUUGUUUGAGGAAUAUGCCCGCAGAACUAUUAGUGAAUCUUCACUACAAUUUUUUUGAAUGGAAAGUGUUCCCGGCAAUCACGUUCAUGCCUGUUGUCGAAAACUGUGAAAAUAAAACAGGGUUUUUAUGUAAUUAUCCAUUGAUUGACUUUAAACAGGAAUCCAAUGUUCCAAUUUUAAUGGGCAUGACCUCCGGAGAAGGUGGUAUUUUUGCUGCUCGUGUUUAUAAUGAAAAUUGUGAGGUUGACAUUGAAUUAAAGAAUAAUUUUGAUCAUUAUAUUUCAUCUUUACUUAUUUAUAAGUACACUGCAAAGAUGUCCGAUCUUCCGAAAAUUAGUAAAAAGAUACAUAAUCGUUACUUUAGUAAAGGAAAUAUGGACGAUCCUUUAGAAACUGUUAAAAUGGUUAGUGGUGGAAUUUUUUUACCGGGAAUAUUUGAUAUGGCAAUCAAACUAUCAUCACCGGUUCAUUAUUACAUUUAUGACCAUGUAAACGAAGUGUCAUUUAAUUCAUAUUUCGGCCCAUGCCCCACCAAAUUAGGAGUAGGGCAUGGAGACGAUUUGAGAAGUCUUUUCUUUAUGGAUGGCCAGGCCGAAUUGAAAGGGGAGGAUCUCAAUGUAUCUAAACUUAUGAUCGACAUAUGGACUAGUUUCGCUAUCACUGACAAACUCACGAUUGAUGGAACUGACAAUGGAAAAGAAUGGCCGUUGAUGGAUUUAAAAAGUAUGAAAUAUGUGUUGAUUAAUUCAAGUAAACCCAUCAUAUCCAAGAGACCAUUCCUUCGCGAGUACCAAUUUUGGAAGCGUUUACCAUUAUUAUCUGCAGUUAAAAAGUCGGGAAAAGUUUUAAUAACUGAACUUUGAUUUAAAAAUAUUCAUAUACAAAUGUAUACACGAACAACAUUGAUUGUAAUAAAAUGUAUAUAAACUCAUGAAAAUGUUUUAACUUAUUCUAGAUUAUUAAUACAUUGUAUUUUUAUUCU